UGACUCAUGACACUUCAGUCAAUUCACAAUUGUGUACGUAAACAUAUCAGACAUUCGCAUAUGAACAAACUUUAGUGCCGAUAACUCCUUGCAGAAAGUAAUUGUAAAGAAGUAAUUGAGCCAUAGCAAGACGAAAUAUUUUUAUUUAAUUUCGAGAUUCCUUAAUUAUUGUAAUAGCCACGUUGUGCUUAAUUUGUUAUCAUUGAUCUUGAGAAUCUAUUAAAAUAGAAUGGUUGGUUACAUUAACGAAAUUAUUAACUAAUAUCAUUAACAAAUUUAGUGCGCACAUAGUGUUCUGUACUUCUGUUUGCACUUUUUGAUUAAUUUACUACAGGCACUUGCAUAACAUUCUUAUGUGACUUUUUUAAAUUAUCUCUAUUAGUAAAUACAUGAUGGGUUACAAUAAUAAAAUGAAGUUAAUGUUCGGAACAAAACAUUUUAUAAACGGGAGAAUUUUUUCAAAUAGUUUUUUUAACGGGCAGCGGCUAACACACACUAAUAUCCAAACGGACAAUCAAUCAAGUGAUAGUAAAGUGGCUCCGCUUGUAGACUUGUAUGGUCGCCAACAUAACUAUCUCCGAAUAUCUCUGACUGAGCGCUGUAACUUGAGAUGUCAAUACUGUAUGCCGGCGGAGGGCGUGCCGCUCAGUGCGCGCGAUGCGCUGCUGUCUCGCGCCGAGCUGCUCCGCCUGGUGCACGUGUUCGCCGAGCUCGGCGUCAACAAGCUGCGGCUCACGGGCGGAGAGCCCUCCGUGCGCUCCGACCUUGUCGACAUUGUCCAGGAGCUGAGCGGCGUGCCGGGCGUGCGCACGCUGGCCAUGACGAGCAACGGGCUGGCGCUCGCGCGGCGCCUGCCCGCGCUGCAGCGCGCCGGCCUGCGCGCGCUCAACCUGUCGCUGGACUCGUUGCGCCCGGCGCGCUUCGAGAGCAUGGCGCGCCGACCGGGCCUCCCGAGGGUGCUGGCGAGUAUGGACCUGGCGUUGCAGCUCGGCUUCGACUCCGUCAAAGUCAACACCGUUCUCAUGAAAGGUUUCAACGACGACGAAAUCUCGGAUUUCGUAGAAUUGACUCGGGAGCGUGAAAUCGACGUCAGAUUCAUCGAGUUCAUGCCGUUCUCCGGCAACCGCUGGCAGGACGAGCGGCUCGUGAGCGAGCGCGACGCGCUGGCGGCGGCGCGGCGCGCGCACCCGCGCCUCGCGCGCGCCGCGGACGCCGCGUGCCGCACGGCCACGAUGUGGCGCGUGCCGGGCUACGCAGGUCGGAUAGGAUUCAUCUCCUCGAUGACGAAACCAUUCUGUUCGUCCUGUAAUCGCUUGCGACUGACCGCCGAUGGCAACCUCAAGGUGUGCCUGUUCGGGGAGGCGGAGACGAGCCUGCGCGAGGCGCUGCGCGGCGGCGCGAGCGACGCCGAGCUGCACGCGCUCGUGCGCGCCGCGCUGCGCCGCAAGCUGCCGCAGCACGCCGCGGCCCUCCCAGUCGCGCCUCGCCGCGCGCUCGCCCGCAACUACUGCACGAGCGCGCCCGAGCCGCCGCCCGCGCGCCGCCGCCCCCCCGCCUCCGAGCUCACGCACCUCGACGAGCACGGGCGCGCGCGAAUGGUCGACGUGGGCGAGAAGCCCGUCACCGCGCGCGCCGCCGAGGCCGAGUGCUUCCUGGUGGUGGGCGCGCGCCUGCUGCGGCUGCUGCGCUCGGCGCGCCUGCCCAAGGGGGACGCGCUGACCGUGGCGCAGGUGGCCGGCGCGCUGGCGGCCAAGCGCACGGCCGACCUGAUCCCGCUGUGUCACCCGCUGCCGCUGGAGCUGGCGCACGUGCGCGUGACGCUGCCGCGCGGCGAGCACGACGGCGGCGGACGGGUGCGCAUCUGGUGCGAGACGCGCGCGACGGCGCGCACGGGCGUGGAGAUGGAGGCGCUCACGGGCUGCGCGGUGGCGGCGCUCGCGCUCUACGACAUGUGCAAGUCGGUAGACAAGGGCAUGUCGAUCACGGAGCUGCGCGUCGUGCGCAAGUCGGGCGGCAGCAGCACGUGGCCGACGGAGGGCAGCAGCGGGAAGGGAGGCGAGGGCCCGCAUGUUCGCGCACACGACACCUCCCCGCUGCGACCGGACGAGACCUAUGCACCGACUAAUUUUAUGUACUUCUAAUUUUGUAUUCCAUAUGUAGUAAUGUAAUAUAUUUUAUAAUUAGUAGUAAUUGUCAAUUCGCCCUUUUUAGGCGUGACUGUUAUAAUUAUGUAUGACUCUUUCUGGGUUUAAUCACUUCCUCUCAUAUUCGCCCCCAUAAAGAUUGCAAUAACAAUACAUUGGCCCUGUAUACUGUUUUAAAAUGGAUACUGAGGUUUAUAAAACUUCUAUUAAAUAACCUUGUUACAGCUUAAAUUUUACUUUGGUAGUUUUUGAAUUGUAAUUAUUUUUUGGAGUUGUAAUGUUAUUGAACAUGGUGCUAUAAUACAUAUAAGUGGAACAUUGCAGGAAACCUUUCUUUUUGUAUAAUUAUAUCUUUGUGUGAAAUAAUUUUAUUUAAUGUUUUUAUAUGUUAAUUGAAUAAUUUGAAUUUUAUUUUUUUAACUUCUUAAAUAAGCUAAUGUGAGCAUUUUGCAAUUUUGUUUCAAUAACAACUGGUUGUGUUGCACGAAGUAAAAAAAUAUUUUUUAAUUCUGUAGUGUAAGAGAAGUUGAUGCUUAGACAUGGGAACUGUAAAUGUGAUGUACGUACUGACA